AAAAUGAAGAACCACAAAUCCAAGCAACUGGUUUACAGCAAGUGAAAACUGUGACUGAGCAGGUGAAGGCAAGUGAGGGAGACAACACAGUCUCCGAGACCAACAGCUCUCCUGUCCCCAGGCCAAGAACAUUUGUCCAGAACCGUCAACCUGUAUCUUCUGUAGCUGAUGAGUCACCAUUCAGUUCUGGAAUCUUGAGAACAAUGUCCCAGCCAGACAAGCGUGCAGAGAUUUUUCUGACUAGUUUCAUUAUUUGGUCUGACACCAUUGAGAUGAUGCGUGUAUCUGGACACCGUGAUGUGUUUAGGUCAGGGUGGAUAUACCCCGUUUACAUAUUUAGCUAUAUCUCUUUGCUUCGAAUCAUAUUCACGCCACAAUUCAGUCUUCUCAGCUCCUUAGGUGUCUUUUUACAGGACUUCCCUUUUAUUUUUGUUCGAGUCAGUUUGAUUGCUGCUUUGGGGACAAUCACUCCUGUUUUAGGUCUUCUAAAAAACAUUCUAGUGACUCUCUCUUAUUUUUACUUCAACUACUUAACUAAAUUGAGAGUUUUCACCACCCAUGAAAUAUCUUCCUUUUAG